AUGGCCCUCAGCGUCGCCGGCAAGUACGCCGUCAUCACAGGCGCUGGCUCGGGCAUCAACCUCGCCUUCGCAAAGCAGCUUCUCGAACGCGGCUGCUCGGUCCUCAUCGGCGACCUCGCGCUGCGGCCCGAGGCCGAGGCGCUCCUGGCGCAGUACCCCAAGGGACGUGACAGCGGCGGCAGCGGCCAGCCGCAUGCGCUGUUCCAGGCGACCAACGUCGCGUCGUGGCCGCAGCUGACGCGCCUCUGGCAGCGCGCCCUCGCGGCGUUCCCGCAGGUCGACAUUGUGUGUCCCGGGGCCGGUCUCUUCGAGCCGACACGGAGCGCCUUCUGGCACCCGCCGCGUACGGCGACGAACCCGGACUCGCCGAGCACGGACCCGGCCGACGCGGACCCGGGCACGUACGCCGUACUCGACGUCAACCUCACGCACCCGAUCCGGUUAUCGCAGCUGGCCGUGGGCCACUGGACGCAGGCGCGGCGGCCGGGGUGUCUCGUGCACGUGAGCAGCAUCGCGGGCCACGCCGUCGGGCUGGGCUCACCGCUCUAUUUUGCCAGCAAGCACGGGCUGCACGCCUUUGUGCGCAGCCUUGGCUCGCUGCGCGAGCAUCUCGGCAUCCGCGUCGGGGCCGUGGCGCCGGGGGCCGUUAUGACGCCCAUGUGGCUCGAGGACCCGGACAAGCGGGCUAUUCUCGACGCCGACGCCGGCGCCGCCGACAUAUUCAUCCACCCGGACGAGAUUGCAAGGGGCAUGAUGGCGCUGUGCGAAGACCCGGCGUACGGCGACGGGACCAUCCUCGAGGUCACCAAAGGGGCGACGCGUGUGGUGCCGCUGUACCAUGCCGAGCCGCCUAGCGGGGUCGGGAGCAUGGUGCCUGGGUACCAGAAGGCGGCAGACGAGCUGGUCACGUAUCUGAAGGGGGGCGUCAAGGUGUGA